GUAAGAAAUCAGCACACUCAGGCGCCGUGGCACGUUCCAUUGGUUUUUAAACACCAAUCAUCUGAUUCUGAAUCAUCGUUCAUCGAUCAAGUUCACUGAACUAGCAGAAGUCGUUGACGCUUUUGAGGUUAUUUCCCUAUAGACAUCUGAUCAAGGAAACUGCCAUGGCGAGUGAGACAAAGUCGGUCAACAUUACGUGCUCCAUCUUCGAUGAAGAGAAGUUCAACAAUGUAAUUAGAGAUAUUCAAGUCUCACAGUAUAUGAACAUGAAGCAAAUAUUGCCUCCAACAAAUGAGGAAGUGAAUCAGUUGAUCCAGGAAUUGAACGUGUCUGACCGGCUGUUCUGCUCCUUCUGCAAUGUCAGUUUCCCCGAUCAGGUGUGCCAACGGCGCCAUUAUAAGGAAGACUGGCACCGGUACAAUCUCAAGCAACAUCUUGCCAACCGUAAACUCGUCUCUGAGGAGAGGUUCUGCCAGAUUGCAGAAAAUGACGACAUGUCUAGCAUCUCAGGGUCAGAGUCAGACUCGGAGACCGACCUGAGCUCCGUGACAGAGACGGAAGGGCUAACAGAUGAGAGAGUGAGCCACCUGCUGGCGAGACGGGCUAAGAUAUUGUUUGAGAAUCAAGAAGGUCACAUGGUGUCGUUGUACCAAUGUCUGCUACACAACAAAAAGAGUGAGCCUACGUCCGAACAUCAGCUGGUGUCUCUGACUAAACAGCUACCAGCCAUGAAGAACUGGCUCAUCAUAAUGCUCGGAGGAGGACAUAUGGCAGCUGCUGUGUUUAACGGCCCAGAAGUCGUACGUCACAAGACGUUCCACAGUUACACCGUGCGAGCCAAGCAAGGUGGCUCCCAGAGUGGACGGGACAACACCGGUAAACACGCGAAAAGUGCCGGGGCCAGUCUCCGACGGUACAACGAGCAAACCCUCACUCAGCAUGUCCAAGACAUCCUGUCAGCUUGGGCACCAGAGGUGGCUGCUUGCCAGCUGAUCUUCUACCGCGCAGUGGGACCUUUCAACCGCAGCAUGCUGUUUGGCGGCAAAAGCCCUCCUCUAAACAAGGGGGAUCCUCGGCUGCGCACCGUACCUUUCCCCACGCGACGCGCGACCUUCAGCGAAGUGCAAAGAGUUCAUGGGCUACUAGCCACUGCCACUGUGUACGAGUCGAGUGACCUGUUCAAGUCGUGUUUGGUAUCCCCACGAAGAUGGCGCAAAGAGGAAGGUGAGGGUGGGACCUCAACAGAGAAGCCAGCUUCCCCACGGAGAUCCAUCGACCGAGCUAAGCCCCGUCCAUCCCCUGACCGAGCCCUGCCUGACAUUGUAUGUGCCCUGGCAGCCUUGGAGACCUCUGACAGUGAAUCAGAUGAAGAACCGCAUUCCAUGUUACACAAUAACCAGGAAAUUUCGUUCAACAAUUCGCUGAAAGAGUAUGAGGACACUGUGCCCAAAAAGGUGAAGAGAAGAAAAAAGAAGAAAGAGCAGCCACCAGAAAAAGAAUUGAGUGCAGAGGUGCGAAGUUUCCGACGGAAAGUAGCAACAGCGUGUGAGUCCGGCGACAAGACGCUGUUGGUGUUAUCGCUGCAGCAGGAGGGCUCUGUUAUUGAUGACAAGGAGAGGACGGAUGCGCUUAAUCAACAAACUCCGGACGGUGUAACACUGCUUCAACUUGCAGCACAAAACUCGUGGAAGGAUAUUGUCUGGAUCUUGUUGGAGAACGGAGCGGACCCUUCUGUGAAGGACAAGAAAGCGAUGACAGCUUACGAUUUUGCAUCUGACAAGGAGACUCGUAAUACUUUCCGUCGGUUCAUGGGAGAGUUUCCGGAUAAGUACGACUACACGAGGUCGCACAUUCCAAGUGCGCUGACGUCUGAGAGCGAGCAGCAGCAGGCUGAGAAGCGGAGAGAGAUGCGGAAAGCCAAACGACUAAAGGAACGGGAGAAACGGAUCGCUGAUGAGCCGCGAAGGCAGGAAGAGGCAGAGAAGAAACGCUUUUUGGAACUGAAUGACCGAGAGAAGAGGGCGCUGGCGGCAGAGCGAAGGAUGCUGGCGGCUGCUGGCAAGACAGGACUUGUGCUUACACGUUGUUACCUGUGUGCAGCUGACAUCACGGGCAAAGUUCCAUUCACUUACGAGAACUUCCUGUUCUGCAGUAUGCCCUGUCUCAAAGCCCACCGGAAAAAGUCCAGCCAUGUUCAGUAAAGAGCAAAGAAUGUUGGCAGCUACGGGCAAGACAGGACUUGUUGUUACCUGUUUGAAGCUGACAUUUCGGGUGAAGUUCCUUUCACUUAUGGCAGCAAAAAACAGAGGGUGGAAAGUUUGGUUGAAGAGUUUUUUUGUGAAAUAAAUAAAUUUAAGUUUGAUA